AUGGCGAGCGCCGUCUUACUUUCCAGAGCCCGCACAUCAUCAAGGGCUUUCGCCCGUCAGUUAACGUGGUCUGCUGUCCUCCGAGCUGACAAGAUUCCUCAACCUCCAAAAGACGUCGAUGACUCGACUUCUGCGUUAGACUACAAACGAACACAGAGGACGCGUCCUCCGCCUCUUCCUGCCAUGGAUCUCCCUCGGUCAAGAUCAGCUGAGGAAGCUGUCACGAACAUCCUUUACAAUACCCCUCCUCCCAGCUUGCAACCAUUCAAGAAGCAUGUACUUAACUGUCUCGUUCAAAACGAGCCUGGAGUGCUCUCUCGUGUUUCUGGGAUUCUUGCUGGCAGAGGCUUCAACAUUGAUUCCCUCGUCGUGUGUUCUACCGAAAUUCGCGAUCUGAGUAGAAUGUGUAUUGUCUUGAGUGGACAGGAUGGUGUUGUUGAACAGGUUCGGAGGCAGCUCGAGGAUUUAGUUCCUGUUUGGGCUGUCCUCGAUUAUACGGAUACGCGUACCAUUGCGCGUGAGUUACUGCUCGUCAAAGUUUCUAUCCUUGGGCCUGAAUACCUCGAGGACCAACUCGUUGGUGGACCGACACAUUCUCCAAGCUCGCAACUUACACCCGAGGAAAAAAUGGAACGUGAACAGAUUCUUGCACACAACUUCGAAUUAGGUGUGCAUCCGGAAGCUGUUGAGGCCGAAUUACGCGAGAGUAUAUCUACUGCACUCACUCCAUCGCAAGCCCUGAGAUUAAAACACCAGCACCUUCAUUCUAUCUCCACUCUUGCCAAUCAAUUUGGAGGCAAAAUCGUGGAUGUUAGUGAAAAUAGUGUCAUCGUCGAACUUACCGCAAAGACGAACCGUGUCGAAGCGUUCCUGGGUUUGCUUAGGCCUUUUGGUAUUCUUGAAGCUGCGAGAACAGGUGUCAUGGCCAUGCCUCGGACGCCAAUUUCUGGGGCAUCCGUGGAAGAUGCGGCAUCAACAGAUGGAGGAGGUGCUGUUGAUGCCAGUCUCCUUCCACCAGGUUGA